AUGCGCUCAGUUGCACGGCAGCUGCUGCUGCUGCCAACAUCACGGCUGAUAUUGCUGCUGUUGGUCGUGUGUCUGUCCCACUGUCUGGACGCCGCACACAGUAGCUACAACUCCAAGUACAAUGCGGUGGUAACGCCGGAGUUAAAGCAGGCCAUUGACAAGGAUUUGCCCAAACAAGCCAAGUUCUUCGAUGAGCUCGAUUCAGGUGACAUAAUACACUUGCACGACAUUUAUCCCGAUUUGUCGCCAACGGCCAACAAGCCAGCCCAUCAUCAUCAUCAUCAUCAAGCGCAUCAUCAUCACAAUAACAACGGCCUGUCAACGGCCUCGUCAUCAUCAGCACGUCCCGCCUAUCCCAGCCACGCCUACUACAGCACAAAGCGACCGGCGACACAUUACAACAACAACGGCAAUCCGUAUAAGCCCAGCUCUAGUUCCGGCUCCAGUUCAUCCGUUCAUCGUCCCUCUGCCACCAGUUUGAACAGCUGGGAGCAGCAUGACACAAAUCAUUUGGGCAUUACCAAUCAUCUGGACAGUUUCUUUGAUGUGGAUGCACCGCCGGAUAGCGGUGACAUAAAGCGUCCGCAGCAACCACAACAACAACCGCCUUCACACGAACCACAAGCGCAGCCCUUUGCGGUGGGCAAUGUGCUGGAUUUGAAUGCGGGCGAGGCAGUGGAUGAGUACGACAGUGGUGGUGGCUACAAUGAUGCCAGCUAUCGUCCUGUUCCGGGCUGUGGUGAGGUUUAUUCUCGCUCCAAUCGCAUUGUUGGUGGUCACUCCACGGGCUUUGGCUCGCAUCCCUGGCAGGUGGCGCUCAUCAAGAGUGGUUUUCUCACGCGCAAACUUAGCUGCGGUGGUGCGCUAAUCUCCAACCGCUGGGUGGUUACCGCCGCCCACUGUGUGGCCACCACCACCAACUCGAAUAUGAAGAUACGUCUGGGCGAAUGGGACGUGCGUGCCCAGGAGGAGCGUCUCAAUCACGAGGAAUACGGCAUUGAGCGCAAGGAGGUGCAUCCACACUACAAUCCGGCUGACUUUAAGAAUGAUGUGGCACUGAUUCGUCUGGAUCGCAAUGUGGUCUACAAGCAGCACAUCAUACCAGUCUGUCUGCCACCGUCCACCACUAAGUUAACCGGCAAAAUGGCCACUGUGGCGGGCUGGGGACGAACGCGGCAUGGCCAGAGCACUGUGCCCUCGGUGCUGCAGGAGGUGGACGUGGAGGUCAUCUCCAAUGAUCGCUGCCAGCGCUGGUUCCGCGCAGCCGGAAGACGCGAGGCCAUACACGAUGUGUUCCUUUGUGCUGGCUACAAGGAGGGCGGUCGAGAUUCCUGCCAGGGUGACAGCGGUGGACCACUUACAUUAACUAUGGAUGGCCGCAAGACACUCAUUGGUCUCGUCUCCUGGGGCAUUGGCUGUGGCCGGGAGCAUUUACCGGGUGUCUACACAAACAUCCAGCACUUUGUACCAUGGAUCAACAAGGUUAUGGCCAAUGACAACAAUGCGUAGAACAGCGUAGAACCGUAGGCUGUCAUCAAAUAAUCGAAUUGGAAGACUGCAGUCACCGCUCGAGUAGUUACGCAGUUGUGUGCAUCUGCAUCACCGUUGCCUGGCCAUGUGAUUCCUCUACGACUCGGGGUUGCUAGUGUUUAAGUAUAAGCUUCAAAAGCUGCCCUCUCUUAAG